ACAAAUGCAUAAUAAAAAAGAAGAAAAAGAGAAGCGGAGAAAGGUAGCAGUUCGCAGCUUGAACGGGGGAUGGAAGGUGAGGAAUUCGCAGUGGGUUGCUUCCUUUCAAUCAAGACAACUUUGGGCGACGAAUUCGAAGGCCAAAUCAUCACUUUCGACCGUGUCUCCAACAUCCUCGUACUUCAAGAGGGUCCGAAAUCAGGACCCAGAAGGAACAUUCGGCUGCUAAAGGCUAAUUACAUUAAAGAGUUCUCUUUGUUGCAUCAAGAUGAAGAUCCACUUGAUGUCAAGAAAUGUUUUUUAGAUCUUACUAGUCUUCAAGCUAGGGAAGAUUGUGCUGUUAGGCAAGCAGAGGCAGAUUCUGAGAGGUUUGGAGUCGGAGUUACCAGUGAGGCACAGAGUUUAUUUGAUGCUUUGUCUAAAACGCUUCCUGUUCGCUGGGACAAGACUGUCAUUGUUGUAAUGGAUGAGGUGCGUGUGAGCAGUCCAUAUCUUCCUGAGUCUGUUAGUGGAGGAACUCCUGCAGCCAAUGAACGGGUGAAGAAAGUGCUGGUGUUUGAAAGGAAGAGGAUGCAAGUUCGUGGUGCUAGUCAGUGAUGAACUCACAUUUGUGUUGUCCAAAGGUUGGAGAAACCAAAAAAGGUGUUUUGAUUGGUAUAUUGUGGUAGUGGUCUGACCUCACAUUUUCUUACUUUAUUGAAAGAACUUAAAUGAAUACCUGAUACUGAAAUUUUAGUUCUAAUAUUAUGCUACCCCUGCCUUUUUUAGAUGGAUUAUUGGUAAACAAGUAGGGGCAAGUAAAUUAUUGUUUGGAUUUAUUGGCAAUUUUGUUUUUAUAAUAUAUUUCCAGCUGUUCUUAGAUUCAUA